CUGGAGAUGCACGCCGGCUGAAAGCUCAAGCUGCCACCCUGCAAACCCACAAGUAGACUCUCACUGGAGAAAACUGAGACAACAAUGUUCCGCAACUCUUCCUCUACAUCUUGAUUUUCCCGCAAUGUGUUUGUAUUUGGAUUAAGUUUCCACAGCAUUUCGAGGGAGGCGCUCGGUGUGGGGAAACAUGAGGAUAACUGUCGGUUCCCGUGGAUGAUGAUGCCCCACGAUGAACGCAGAUUUUCAAAAUCCACUGCAAGUCUCUCGACCAAACGUUUGCAGUCAUCUGACCAUCAAAGUGCAGUCCAAACUGAUGUCCAGGCCGUGUCCCCCUGUCCGUGGUCCAAAACCUCCUGUCGCCCCAAAACCAACACCCCUGUCUGAGACUCACGCACAAGAGGAGCCCUCCCCCACACAGAGCCUGAGUAACGGAGACCUGGCUCACUCUGAUGGGGAGACGGAGGAUCUCCAUGAAAUGGCUCAGUGGAAUCAGGACAAAGAGGAGAAAAGUGAGGCAGAGGAUGGAGUUCAUGACAAUGGCACCGGAGACAAGGACAAAGAGGACAUAGCAGGAGGAGAAAUUGAGGAGGAAACUGAAAAAGAAGUAGACAUUUUAGACAAUGAUGGUGACAGUAUUGGCUCUGACGAUACGGUCAAAGCAGAUGAUGGUUCUACUGUCGACACUACUGAGGAUGAAAACACUGACAAUGACUUGAACCAGCCUGAAGGUGGAAAUCACACUGAUGAUGAGAAUACAUCAACGCCUUCACUUCCUCCUGCUGAAGUGGAGGAUGAAACCGGAGAGAAGGCAGAAGAGGAGGAGAAAAGGAGUUUUAGAGAAAAAAGUGAAAUAGUUUGUGGCUCUGCAGGGCACUCAGACAAACACAUAGAGGAACAAAAUGUUGAUAAAACACAAUUACUCAGUCAGGGUGAUAAGGACAAUUGUACUGGACUUAACGAAGUGGACGAAGAAAGUGGGGAUUGUUUGCACAGUGAUUUACACACAGAUGACUCCAAGCUGGAAGCUGGAGGAUUUGCAUUUGGAUUCAGCGUGCUUCCAACUGUAACUGAGGAGUAUCCCUACGAUGUGAUUGGCCCCACAGAUGAUGCUAGCGAUGCAUGUGAGUCAUGUGACCCAGCUGAAACAGGGGAAACAGGGGUAUGGCAACCAGAACGGGCCACCAAAGACCUCUCUGGCUGUUUUCGAUUCACAUCCAGCACUGAGGAUGUGUUUGGACCUUAUUCGGUCAUUGAAUCUGUUCCGCCUGAUAUGACCGGCACUGCUGACCCAGAGUGGAGUCAGGAUGAUACUGAUGAAAAACCUUCAAAUGAACUGCAAACAGCAGCUGCUUCUAACCAGGAACCUUACUAUGUGUCAUCAGAUGACGUGGACAAGCUAGAGGAUAAGCAAGCCCUCUCAGAACUGGGUGAUAUCGAGGAGGGCACCGAGCCAUCGAACAAAGAUAAAGCAAAGGCCAGCGAGUCAGCAGAUGAGUAUGCAGACAUUGAUGAUUCACUCUGCCUUCAAGCAGAGGACGGGCAGUUGGAGUGUGUUUCAUCGGAGGAUUAUGUCGAGAUAGGUGAUGAUGACGAAGAGGAAGAAUUGGAAAAGAAACAUAUUAAAGGAAAAAGUGCAAAAGAGAGAACAGCUAAAAGAGACCAGGCUUUUCUCAGCCAUCGAACAAGUUGCCAGCCUCGCCUCCGAUUGUGCAACAUCACAGUGCCAACAGACCUAGACGCAGGUCGCACGCCGGAGCUCACCAACAGGGUGGUGUUUGCCCACACCACUGAGGCCUUUGAAGAAGACAUUGAGGAACUAGACUGUCAUAUAGUGCCUUACUACGAGGACACAGACUCGGGCAGUGAUGAGCAUAUAUACGAAGAGGCAGGGUUUGACUCCGACGGGGAGAACUUUAUGACAUUUGAUCGGAAGACUAUAGUCACUCGAUCACGCUCUUAUUCUGGAAAAGUUCCAGGUUAUGUCCCAGAAACUGUACCAGAGGAGACAGGGACAGAGUACCAGACUCAUGACUACUGCACAGUGGCCUUAGAUAAAAACAAUGAACCACUUAGCCAUUCACCGCAGUCUGGGGUCAACUGUUUGAUACCGUCGAUGAAGUCUCGCCGCUUCUUGUUUUAUUCCCGGUCUGCAGAGGGUCCAGAAUUGACCUUGACCACCCCAACCGAGAUCAACCACGCUCUGAAAGAUGACAUCAGGAUGAAGAGGAAAGAUGAUAACCUUUCGCUCCCGUGUGUCAUAACCUCUUCUGGAAGCUUCUCCCAGCGUAGCCAUCAAUCAUCCAGUGGCAUUUCCACACCAACCUCUCUAGUGGACAUCCCGCCACCUUUUGAGUUGGCAUACAUCACUAAAAGACCAGUCACCAAGAGUUCCCCAUCCCUCCUGAUUCAGCAUGAACCCAAUGACAUACCUAAAAAGAAGAAGUCCUCCUUCAAGCGCUUCCUGGCGCUCAAGUUCAAGAGGAAAACAGAUUCAAAGGGUUUCAACGAUGGAAGCGUCCGCUCUUCACGCUCUUCCUCUGAGUCCAGCCACCACGGCCCAGUAAGAGUGAUAGAGCUUGAUCGUAGAAGCACCGGCAGCUCUCCUCAACUUCAGAACCACAUUGUGAACCGCCAGAACCCCAACCUGCCAUCCUCCUUAUUCCUCUAUAAGGACCACCAGAGGAGGAAAGAUGACCCCAAAGCGUUUGGUAGGGGCAUCUCCAGAGUGGAGUCCUUCGAGGAGCGUUCUCGGCGCUCCGCCAUGCCGCUGCCUUUGACCAAACCACGCUCCAUCUCCUUCCCCAGUGCAGACACCUCAGACUAUGAAAACAUCCCAGCCAUCAUGAGCUCAGACUAUGAGAACAUCCAGAUCCCAGUCAGACCCACCAGAUCCCACACUGUGACUGAGUUUUUUGAGGACCCAAAUCGCGCUACAGUUGCCUGCAAUGAGAAUGAUGGCUAUGUGGAUAUGAACAGUUUCCCUGGGAUUGACAGCAUAACCCAGACAUCAAAAGAAGACUCUGAAAGUGCCUACACAGAGCCUUUCCCAAUGAACCCCGUCUCUGCUGGACUGUCAGCGGAUGAGGACCACGGGCGUACUUCAGAGGAGGAAGAGGGGGCGGCUGAGCAGAGUUAUGACCGACAGAUUGAUGGUCGAUCCCGAGCGUUCUACGUCGCUAAAGAGCUCGUCGACUCAGAGAGACUACACGUCAGCGCCCUCAAGUACCUUCAAGAGGACUUUAGGUCGGCAGUGACAGAGGCGGUGGGUGAGGAAGAGGAGCCUGUGCUGGAGGAGCAGAGGUUCGGAGAGAUAUUGGGCAUGCUCCCCCAGGUCUACACUCUCCACAGCAGCAUCCUUACUGAGCUGGAGGAACGUAUUAGUCAGUGGGAGGAGAGCCAAAGGGUAGUAGAUGUGAUCCUGUCACGUCGGGAGGACUUUGGGGUGUUUGACACCUUUAUCUCAGAGUAUGAUCGCAGCAUGUCCUUACUGGAGGAGAGCUGCAGGGACAACCAGGCCUUCGCCAACAUCGUCAAGAAAUUUGAGACAAGAAGCCCAGAACAUGCUGAAGUCCCACUGAAACACCAGCUGCUGCAGGUUAUAGUGAGAGUGCUCCAAUAUCGAAUGCUCCUCACAGAUUACCUGAACAACCUCUCUCCUGAUUCUAAAGAAUACGAGGACACACAAGCUGCCUUGGUGAUCGUGUCCGAGGUGGCAGACCAGGCCAAUGACAAUUUGAAACAGGGGGAGAACUUGCUGCGUCUGGUCCACAUAGAGUACAGCGUGAAGGGCAAGAGGGACCUCCUGAAGCCCGGAAGGAUGUUUGUCAAAGAGGGCACACUCAUGAAGGUCUCCAGAAAAAGCAGGCAGCCUCGACACCUGUUUCUGAUGAACGAUAUAAUGCUGUACACCUACCCUCAGCAAGAUGGAAAAUAUCGGCUUAAGAACACGUUAUCUCUGUCUGGGAUGAAGGUGAGCAAACCUGUCCUAGACAACGUGCUGAACUGCCUUAGGAUUGAGGUGUCUGACAUCACUAUUACACUCUCAGCCAGUUCAGUUGGAGAGCGGGAGGACUGGUUCCACACUUUGAGUCGAGCCAUAGCAGACCAUGCUGCAGGACUCUGUACGUUCGGUGGACCCUGCAGUGAGGCCCGUGAGAAGCUGUGGAUGGCCCUGGGCGAGGCUGCUCCUGUGCUGGUGCCAGUUUCUCAUGUAAUGAUGUGCAUGAACUGCACCUCUGACUUCAGCCUCACGCUGAGACGACACCACUGCAACGCCUGUGGCAAGGUGGUGUGCCGUGCUUGUUCCAGGAACAGAUACCCACUGAAGUACCUCAAAGACAGGGUGGCCAAAGUGUGUGAUCACUGCUACGCCGAGCUCAGGAAACGAGGUGGCAGCGUGGUGGGGGCGUGCGGUAACUCCAGCCCUCGGACUCACCGGGCCAGCCGUCCCCUCUCUGCCGUCUUCCAGAGCCUGCAGCCCCCGAGUUUGUGGAAGAGCAGGAAGAGCACCUCCCCUCUUAAUCAGGUGUCACUUACCGUGGAGGACUCCACCAUGAGCGGCAGCCUGCAGCGGCGGAAGAAAAGCAAGAGGAAGUGGAAGCGGCUCUGGUUCCUCCUCAAAGACAAGGUGCUCUACACCUUCACAGCUCUGGAGGAUAAAGUGGCUUCAGAGAGUCUACAUCUGCAGGGCUUCACCGUCAAGCUGACUGAGAGGCCAGAGGGGGAAGAGAGCAGCAACGUGUUCCAUCUCUACCACAAGAAAACACUGUACUACACAUUCAGGGCAGACGACCCACACACUGCACGCAGGUGGGUCAAUGCCAUGGAGGAGGCUACCGUUUUAUAGCACCCGCCCAGUUAAAUGAACACGCCCUGCUGUCUGUGACUGCAAGAACUCCUCUGUGGAGCACAACAUAGCUACCUGCUGCUCAGACCAUCGGGAAGAAUUCAUCGCAUGACCUGUUGUGGAAUAUUAUGUGACGAUUUAAUCACCAGGGUGGAACUUAGACAAGGCUGCCAUCCAAUGGUAGGAAGUGGGGAUGACACUAUGUGGAAAGACGAAGUGGAAACGUCUUGUUGGAGUGUGAUCCAUCAUAUGAAAACUGAUCCAGCCGAGUUCACAGGAGACUUCACUUUUCAGGAGCAGCUUGGAUGCACUAAAUGCUUCAUCCAAAAGAACAUUUUAUUCCUACUGCUUCACCUUCAUACAAGGACCAUCCCACAAAAGAAAUGUCCUCCAUGUCAACUUUUCCAACUUGUCAACGUGUCUCUGACCUGAGGUUCCACUGGAUUAUUAGACCACUUUGUGGUUCUGCAGGAGAACGUCACAUCCUUCAUCGUCAUACAUGAGACAGUUCCAGCCUGUGUUCUGUGAUGGGUAUAACAUCGCAUCACACUUUGCUGCAUAUUAGUAUUCGCAGCUAUUAAAAGGGAAAAUAUUGGUCACUGUUUUAGAGAGGUAUUUGGUAUUCUGAAUAUAUAUUGUGAAAUAUACACUUGCAGAUAUUGAAGUGAAUUAUAGGAUUUGUUUGUAUAGAAGAUGUUGUUACAUGAUGUUCUGAGUAAGAGGUCAUUUUAAUCAUCCCGGUGUGUGUACUUUAUAUUUCUUGUGGAGUUUUACACGGUGUUACUAUUAUAUUGACUCUACAAAGCUAUGGAAUAGCUCUCAGCAUGACAUCCACUCAACAGUAUUUCUAAGGAUGAACACUUUCAAAGACACUUUGUAUUUGUAGGUUUGUAGGUUUAACACGUAGGUUUAAAGAAAGAAAAGUCUUACCGUUCUAAAGUGCCGAUUGAUUUCUUCCAGUUGAAUGCAGUGCAAUUUGCAAUUGAUGAUGAAUGUGCCUGAAAUGAAAUUAUACUCUUUGUUCAUCUUCAUAUUAUCAAAGUACUGUACUACUGUCAUGUCUCCAAAAGAGACCUCGAUAACAUUAGCUUUUUAUCUACUUUUAUAUACUUUAACCUUCUAGUAAUUUGAACAGUUCAGUUACAGUCAAGUAACAUAAGAAUAUACUAUUGUGCCAUUUUUUAUUAACAACUUUUUCAUGCUGUAUAUAUACACUGCUAGAUAAAAAUCACACUUACUUAAUGGAGAAAAAGAGCCAUCGUUACACCUAUACCUAUAAACUGCCGGUGUUAAGAGUCAUCUGAGCCCUGUCUGCAGGAGUAGGGUGGAGGUUCGCUCUUCUCUGCUGUUCUAAAAAUAAUCCACAGUUUCUCUUAAAUAACCUAACUAAAGGCAUUUCUCUGCUCCAUUCAGAAAGCAGCUGUACUACAUGUGAUCUUUCUCCCACCAAACUACAUUCUUUCUAAAGCACACAUUUGUUCACCAAGUACUGUUCAGCUUUUCUACCUGUUUCUUAUGUGCCACACUUAUAGUGUUAUUAUGGAUUGUACCUCUUGCAUACAGUGCAUUGUAAAUGUUUAUGUAUAUAGAUACAUAUAAGAAUAAACUCCUUUAAAAAGUUUA